CUCCGAGACCAGUUUAAAAAGUGCUUGGCCGCGUUUCCCCCCUCUCUCUCCCCCAUUUUUUUUUUUCAGACCAAUUUCUCUCUCCUCUCACCGGAAACUCGAACCACUCUCUUCUCCGGUGGUUUUCCGGCCAUAUCUCACUCACCGGAGGUCCAAAUUAAAUUCCGAGACCACCCCCGUGCUCCUCUCGUCGGCGCCCACCAGUCUAUACCAGUGGGGUUGAGUUUCGUGGUGGUUUGGGUCGCUGGAAAACCGCGACCCUUCGGUGUUCCUCCGGCCCGAUCUCUCUCCUCCGACCUCCGAUCGAGAAGCCACGACCACCACCGUGUUCCUGGUACCCGGGGCCUCAUUCCCCAAAGUUUUGGGUCAGUUUGGCUCUGGUGAAGUCGUCGGCGACGACAAUUCGGCGAGCCUUCCGGCGAGCUCCCCGGCGAUUUUCGUGUUCUCUCGCUUUUCCCUCACCUUCCCCACGAUAUCUUCUUGUGCCUCCAGGUGUGCUUCUCUAUUUUUACUUGUCAUUUAUGGAGGAUUGAUAUUGUGGGUUUAGUGAGGAAGUUCGGGGAUUGGUUUGUGCUUUGAUUAAUUCGGUAGGCCUCCUCUAUUGCUUGUUGUGUUUGUUCAUUCUUUGGUUGGCCUACCGAGUAUAUAUGAGUUGUGGUUGCCCCGCUUGGAGCCUAAUUUGCUGUCCGGAUGUAUGAUCCGAGGGCUCCAAGUGCGUUUGAGUUUGUGUGAAUGGUGAAUGGUUCUGAUUGAUUGUGAAUGUUUUUCCCUUCCUGGGGCCUAGUCCACUGUCCGAACUUAUGAUUCGAGGGCCCCGGGUGAGGAUGAUUGUGACCUCACCAUUGACGAAUUUCCAUGUAUGUUGUUGGGUUUCUGCUGUUUUGUGGCUGCAGGAAGAUGAAGACUUACUUGGCCAUGCUCGACGCCGACCAGAGGAAGACUCUGAAGGACAUCCGACGCCGCAAAUUCGUUAAGCACCAUUACCUCGAUUGGAGGGUUUUCGAGGAGCUGGGUGCUUGCGAGGCAAUGGAGGCUGCCAUCCGCGCUUACUCUUGGUGCCGCCUCCUCUGCCUCGCUGAGCCGAUCUAUCAGGAGCUCCUCUGGGAGUUCUACUCUACCUUCGAGCAUUUCCGGACCCACGCGGGCUCACACGGCAACGCCAUCCAGUUCCGACUCGGAGGGGAGUUUUACUCCCUGAGCUAUGAUGACUUUGGUCGGGCACAGGGGCUCCUUCCACCUUUCGCCUGUCACCUGGAGAUCGAAGAGCCCGACAGUCCCAUCUUUCGGGACCAGCAGUUCUUCGAGAGGAUCUGCCUCCCGGAGUUCUCAGGCGCUGUUUUCACACCGGGCUACACCACGGCCACUCAGAUGCGCCUAGAGUGGCGCAUCAUCAACCAGCUGUUGGGGAAGUCUUACGCCCCCAGCGAGGGCUCCACCAGUCAUCUUCAGCUCCGCACCUUGCAUUGCCUGCACUCCAUGAGCCACGAGGUGGACAACCUCCAUCUGUCCUCCCUCAUCGCCAGGACUGUCGUCAAGGCUUCUCGGUGUGGUCGACCCCUGGCGUGUGGGCCGGUGGUCACUGCCCUGGCACGGUACUACAACAUCGACCUCUCCAGGUUCACUCUCAUACAGGAGGCGAAGCCCUUCUCCAGGGACACCCUACGGCGCCAGCUGAUACUACAGCGCGAGGGGGACGUGACCUGGAUCCGGGGCCUUCCUCGCCCUGUUCCUCGUGCACCAGAGGGUGAGGAACUCCCCGAGGCGAGUGCUGCUGCGGCCAGUCGGGCCAAUCGUCGGCGGCGGAACACUCCUUCUGCGCCUGGCGCCUCCACCUCUGCUGCCGGCCCAUCUGCUGCCGCACCCACCACUUACAUUGCCGAGCAGCUGGCAGCCCUUUCCCGCCAGAAUGAGCAGAUCCUUCUUGGCCAGGAGCACCUCAACGCCCGCCUCGACCGUGAGCGCGAAGGUCGCCGCCGCAUCAUCUCAGCUCAGCAUUACAUGAUGAGCUACUGGGACAUGGAUCCUGAUGCUGUUAGCUACCCUUGGGAGGCGUCCCCGGGGCAUGAGGACCACUACCCGCCCCCGACCGGCGAUGGAGGGGAUGAGUACUGAUCUGGUUUUGCCAGCCCAUCGAGUUGGGGCUUGGCUUUUGUCUAUCUUUCCAGACUUAGACUCCGUAUUGUGUUUGGUUUUUAUUUCUUGUUCCGUAUUGUGUGGAUUGUUGACUUGGAACUAUGUUUUAUUUCACCCAAUGUGUGUGUUCUGUUGGUUCUAGCUCUGUGCCCGUCGGACUGGUCCUUGUCCAGUCCUCUGCUUUUGACUGGUCCGCCAUCCAGUCAACGUUCCUGACCACUGUUUCACGGUAACAUCGUUCCCUUUCCCUCGGCUACAUUGAGGACACUGUCGCAUUUAAGUGUGGGGGGGUUCUUUGUAUUUAUUGGAACGUAUAUAUGGGUGCUUGGAGCCUAGUCCGCUGUCCGAAUCUUACGAUUUGAGGGCUCCAAGUACUGCUGUUUGAUCAUAUUGGCACUGUGUUUUGAUUGAUGAAUUGAACGGUUUUCGGAUUAAUGCAUGACAACUUGUUGGUGACUAGGACAACCUAUGAUGAGGGCUGAGAUGUGCAGUAGAACGAUGUAGGGGUUCAGUUUUUCAACUGUUUGCUUACCAACUGUGACUUGAUCUGAUCACUUGUCUUGACAGUCGUUUAUGCAUCUAGUUCAGGGUAUCAGAAUGUGAGAUAGAGCAUAUAGGUAGCCAUGUGAGAUUUGAGCCUGCUCGUCUCUUUCUUGUGCGAUAGAUCCCUCUUCCAUGAUGUGUAUCAUUCACGUUGUCAUUAGCUAAGAUGAUGGGGGCAUAGGAUUAGCCCACGCCCAAAACUGACUGUCCUGAUGUGUCAUAUCCCCUAGUCAGCCCCUUUGAGCCGUGUGUUAUCCUUUCUUUUGGUCUAUAACGAAAAAAUCACCCUUGUUGCAUCUUUUAGAAGGUUCCACAGAGUGGUUGUUACAUAUUCUCUGCUGUUUCUGCUAAAGUUUAUGUGAGUGUUGGAGGCAGUGCUUGAAAGUUGGGCAGAUGUUUGAAAUAUGUGCAGAAGUGGUGGCUCUCUUAAGAAAUGAAAAGAUAAAUGAAAGAAUAACAAAGAAAAAUUGAAAGCAAAAGAGAGCCACUACCAAAAAUCUGAAUAACGCCCAUUAAGUAGUGUUUCUUAGCAGUCUGGCUUGGAAAUGCUGAUGUUUAUGCCUCCUUCGCUCUUGUGCUCUUGAGAUGUUGAGUAUUGCAGAAUAGCAGAAAGGGAAUACCGGUUUGUUUGACUGUGAUUGUGUGGGUUUGGAAAUGUGGAACCUUGUGCUAUGAAUACUUCCACCACCUAAAAGGCCUUUUCCCCAUGUCCAAGACCCUAGCCAGUCAUUUGAACCUGUGUCUAAGACCUCCUGAUUAGUUAGUGGUGACACCCCAUAUGUGAACUCUAGCAUUUAGAGGCUGCCAUCAUGGUGAAGAGAUGUUAGGGAUUAAGAGAAAUAACAUGCGUAUUUUUCGCAUCAAAUUGUCCUGACCCCACUGGUCGAGAGUGAGUGAUUCAUUUUCAUAUGCUAUAUACUCUUGUACCCCGGUGAGGACCUAGAUUGCUCGGUCUCUAUUCUGAUGUUUUGAGUUGGAUGCAUGAGUUGACUGUUUUGAGUAAGUGGUUGAGUCAAGUCUAGGUUGGUUGGUGAACAGAAGGGAGACUCUUCCUUUACUCGAUUUUGCUGCACUCGAAUGUCUUUUGUGGUGGUUGUCCAGGUUGCUAGUGAAGUUGGUCAAGUAUUGAUGUUUGAAAACCAGUACGAUUCACGUGUUCUGUGCCUUUAUGACUUGUCCCCAAUGUUUGUUGAUUGAAAUAUGUGAGCUUACCUUGUGUCUGACUUGGUUUGCUUGGGGACAAGCAAACGGUUAAGUGUGGGGGAAUUUGAUAGCAUCGUAUUUGCACGUGUUUUCACUCGGGUUUCCUGUCCAUUUUGGCUCGAAUAGAUUGUUCCUUGGCCUAUUUUACGCUAGGUUGUGUUGUUUUGUCGUAUUUCAGGUCCUAUCAAGUAAAGAGGUGCAUAGGCGCAAGUUUCAGGUCAUUUGGAGGUCAGAUGGCGAAUCACAGAAGGAAUUACGGGCAGCCCCUGCCAAAUUACGACCGUAAUUGGUCAGGGCAUGCCCGUAAAACAAUUGCCGAGCCUUUUCCCCAGAAUUUCCUCUCGGUGCUAAAAUUACGGGCAAGACCCCCAAGAAUUACGACCGUAAUUCCCAAAUUACUGGCGGUAAUUGGGAAAUUACGGGGGUAUCUCCUCCUCCUUCAGCUUAAUUGAAACGUGCGUUUUGGGGCGAAUUACGGGCAGGACGUGAUUACGGCCGUUAUUUAGCCCGUAAUUCGCCCAGAGUCGGGUUUUUGAAGCCAGAAUCGAGCCAAGGAAAGGGGAAUCGAAUUUCUUGAGCAAAAACAGAGCCCUAGAGAGAGAAAGGACGAAGAACUCACCCUAGAAGCCAUCUUGGAGCUGGGUUUCAUCAAAUCAAGCUUGGAGAUCGUCCUAGGAGUGGAAAUCAUCAUCCCGGAGCAGAUUUUCCUCAUAUUUAUGAGUAUGACUACUCCUAUUACUGUUUUCCUCUCUCUCUCUAUGGAGUAGAACCGCUCUCUCACUUGGGGAUGAAGAACUCUAGUUCUAUGUGUUAGGGAUUGAUUGUAAUGACUUGGGAUGAGAUUACUGUUUGAUUUUAAUGGAAUGAUGCAUGUUUAUUGAGUCAAUUGAAGUCUGAUCAACUUUUCCUGAUUCCUGCUGCAAUCUGAGAUAGAUAGAAUCUGAUUAGGUUGCUAGAGUCUCAUCAUUCGAUAGUAGGAGAUUGGCUAUACGAGAGUUAGCCAGUUUACUGCUUUGUACUGGAAUCCAAUUCCAGUAGUGGAGUUCUGUUCUUACUGCUUCAGCUUUCUAUCCCGGUGAAGACUAGUCGUCUGCCGGGUAGUUAGACUGAGAGGGCUUGGUCAGCUUAAGAGAUUCCAAGCUACUGCCGGAUCUUCCGCAGUCUAAUCAACAGUAAAUCAACCCAGGGAAAUACAAUUGAAACCUAACUAAGGAGCUAGGGGGACUCAUUCCCGAGUGACUCUUUCCUGCUUAAGAAAACCGAAUAAUUUCCUGCUUUAUUUCUGCUUUUGCUUUUAAACAAGAAUCACUUACUUUAGUUGGCUAGAUAACAGAGAAUCACUGAGUAAGCAGUAGAUCUAGACCCCGGGUUGAUAAUAUAACUUGCCUGUUACUGCAUUCCCGGUCUGCGAUUACACUUGGUCGCAGAUUGGUGUUGUGUUUUGGCGUGUCAGCUACCCUCUUCGACUCUAUGUUGAGGAAUGGGAUACGAUCCAAGCCACUAAUGUGACCCUCUCAACCUAUCGACUUAGGAAUGGUUAGACUUCACCCUCUAAUUGGAGUUCGGACGGCCACCCACAACCAAACCCUAAGCGCUAAUGCGAAAUAGGAGGUUUGCCCGUUAACUAAUCUAGAAUAGGAGGCAUAAAAUUCCCAAGGAAACCCAUCUCUACCAUACCUAAUAGAGCCUAUUAGGUUAAGGAGGGUUCUCUCUAAACUAGCUUAGGAGGCAUUGAAUGCCCAAAGAAACCCAGCUCAAAUUGAGCCGCUUUGGAUGAAGGAUAUUUCCUCUCUAAACUAGCCUAGGAGGCAUGAAAUGCCGAAGAACACCCAUAUCCAAUGGAGCCUCUUAACCUAAGGAGGUCUCCUCUCUAAGCUAGGUUAGAAUGACAAUUAGAUUGAUAGGCUUUCACACAACACAAUCAUUCAUGAAUAAUACCUCAACAUUCACAUUAAAACACAACCACACACACAAAUCAUUCAAUUCAUACAAGCAUUCACAUAAUUGUAGCUAGGGUUUACAACACCAAAGUGAAUAGGUAGGCUAAUCCAUAGCUUCACAAGGGAAAACAACAAAAAGGAGAGAAAGAACCAUGGAGAGGUGGAAAUCUUCCUCCCUUGUUGCUUGAAUCUCACUUGAGAAGAAGAAAUCUUUAAUCCCCUAGCUUGAAUUGAGCCCAAUCUCCCUCUUCCUCCUUGAGUGUCACUUUCUCUCUCUACAAUGGGAAGAGGAAACCCUAAUCUCUCACUAGAAACUCUCUUUAUUCUGAAAACUAAAACCCUACCUAAAGCUAUCCCUUAUUCUUCCUUUCAGCUCUCCAUUUAUACUGAGAUCGCGCCUAGUUCACGGGCUUCCAGUUCACGGCAGUGAACACCUAAACGUAUCUGUGAACUCAGUGUUGUGGGCCAAAACGCACCUCUUCACUCCCGGAGUUCACAGAUGUGCUUACAGUUCGCUUACAGUUCACGGUCUUAGCGACCGUGAACUGCCUUGUUUUCGGUAACCUUCGGAACCCCUCUGAAUGCUUAUUUGUUCACGUUUUUGGUUCAGUUCACGGUCCUGGCGACCGUGAACUCGCAACUCUGACCGUAAACUACGACUGGUUCCUAGACGCCUCCGCUUCACUGUCACGGGACAAUUGUCACGCCUUUGGACUUCUAUUCGAUUUUUGCGCUUUUUGACCUCCAAUCAUCUCGAAACUUGUCCUCGACCCUUCCACACAUGCCAGGAUCUGAAAUGUAUCAAAACAAGCACAACCUAACAUGAAAUAUGUCGAGGAACGAUGAAAUGCAAAGUCAAACUAUCAAGAAAUGAGGGGCAAAAUGUGUACAAUUGGACCUGAAUCACUAGGUUGUGCUUCUUUUGUCACAUUUCAGGUCCUAGUACAUGUGGGAAGGUCCGGGACAAGUUUCGGGUCAUUUGAAGGUCAAAACGAGCCAAAAAAUGGACGUUGAGCACUGUUCACGGGCUGUAGGCAAUGUCACGCCCUUAGACCGUGAAAAUCACCCCCAGGGAGUGAAGAGCAAGACUUCAAGGGCAGGACUCAUUUAUCACGGUCCUAAAACCGUGAUAAUAACCCCCCAGACUGUGAAGUGGCCAAUUUCCAGAGCGGUUUGCCGUCUCACUGGAGUCCAACCAAUUCACGGUCGCUAAGACCGUGAACUCAAGCCCCAAACCGUGUAGAGGUGGGCAACGGGAAAUGAGUAUUUGGAUAUACUCAUACCCAUCCCGUUUUUUGAGGGUUACGGGUAUCCAAAUACCCGUAAUUGUUUUUACGGAAUGGAAUUUGAGAUCAAGAAAACCUAUAAUGAGUACCUGUACUAUCCGCCAUCGUCCAAAUCUUAACCGAUAUCUCUGCUGCAUUGCAUGCCUACAUAUAUAUUUGGCAUUGCAGGGCUACAUCAAAUGAGAUUCUAGUUAUUAAUUUCCAUUUGUCAGGCCAGUAACCACCUUUGUUACACAAAAAUAACCAGAAAGCUCUUAGUUAAGUUACCUAGAAUUUCACGUAGCAGUAGCAGCAGCCGCUAAUGAAAUACUAAUAUUUAUAUGCAUGCAGCAGGAAUUCUCCUUCAUCGUAUAAGUCAGCAAUCCAUUCAUAAUUAUAAUCAUCUUUCCACCAGAACGCCAUAUUGCUCUUCAGAAUUUUGACUAAUUGGAUAAUCCGCCACAAUAUACAUAGCUUUUGGAAUUUCUGAUCAGCGUAUCUCUCUUCACGAUUACCAGUUGUACUGAGCUAGUGCGCAGUGGGGAUAUUUUUUCAGUAUGUGACGAUGAUGUGCAAGCGGGUGAGUGAGAGUGACGUUAUUUUGAGGUGGAGCAAUUAUGCUUUUGUCAUUUUAGGUAUUAUACGGGUUACCUGCGGGUACUGUCACAUGUGGCAGAUGAUAUGGCGCCAACAAGGUGACAACAUGGCGGCUGCACAUGUGGCGGCGUGUAUGGAAGACUAGUAGCAUAAAGAUGCUCCUAGGAUUCUCCACCUAAAUGAGGGCUUAAUGGUGCACUUAUGAGUCACAUAAUGGGUGACAUUUAUAAAGUGCAUAAUUGGAU